CGGGUCAAAGUGUUUUCGCAAGACGCCAAGGACCAGUAGCCAGCAGUUAAACCGGUCCCCUGAACACCUCUCACAGACUCACAUAGAUCUAAGCUAUGGAAAUUGAAGAGCCCUAUUCACACAUCCAGGGUGAGUCGCAGCCUGCUCCCAUGGGGCAAGGUGACAUGGAGGCUGUGGAAGCUCUGAUGUCCAUGACGAAUCACUGGAAGACCAGGAACUUCAGGCUCAGGCACUUCAGACCCUUGACUCCCUCCUCAGACUGCUCAGAGGACGACUCUGCCCCCCCUGGGUCUAAUGUGCUACAGGACACUUCACUGUGUAUGACACCACCAUACAGCCCGCCCAACUUUGAGGCCACCCAUCCACCCUCAUUUGUGUCCCUCUAUCAACCUUCAGAAGAGACUCUUCCACACACUCCUGCUUCUCAGCAGCUGUUCCAGUGCACCAGCGUAAUCCACCACACUGCAGAUAGCCAGCAUUGUUCCUGUAAUGUUCAUCCUGUGUCAAGGGAAGACAGGCUCUCUCAGGUUCACACAAAAGACUCUGACGCAGAUUUGAACUCUAAAGUAAGGCUGAAUAGUAGAGACUCCGAGGAGAACAUUAUAAUGCAGUCUGACUCUAAUGUUGCCACGCCACAGAAACCAGUCACUGAGACUUUGCCAAAUGUGGUUGAAGCCAGCCAGAUCCAGCCGAGUGUUUUAGGCCUGGAUAAUAAAUCAAACACACCCCAGUCCGUUUCCUCUGUCCAGGCUGGUAUUACUGGUGUUCCUGUCUACUGCAAGAUUCUUUCUGUCUCACCUUCAUCUACAAGCACCACUAUUAUGCACAAACACUUGUUACCUAUCCCCCCAACGACCGCCACGGUGCCCCCACAGCAACAACAGCAGCAGCACCAACAGCAACAGGUUUCUCCUGCCCAGGUCUUCUUCGUUGGAGGACAGGUGGCAAAGGGUCCUGUAAUGCUUCUGGUCCCUCAGCCAGCUGUUCCUACUCUCUACGUUAAGCCGGCGCUUUUGACCCCUUGUGGCACCAAGUUACCAGCCAUUGCCCCUGCGCCUGGCUGCGCCUUGGUGGAACAAAGACACACCCAGCUGCAGCCAGAAGUGUCCCGCGUGCGCAAUCAUGUUUGUCCCCAGGAGGAAUGCAGCAAAACCUACUUCAAGAGCUCCCACCUCAAGGCCCACAUGAGAACACAUACAGGUGAAAAACCCUUCAAAUGUAAGUGGGAGGGCUGUGAGCGCCGAUUUUCACGCUCCGAUGAGCUGUCUCGCCACCGUCGAACCCACACAGGAGAGAAAAGGUUUGCCUGUCCCAUGUGCCUCAGCCGCUUCAUGCGCAGCGACCACCUGGCCAAGCACGCCCGGCGACACCUGGCAGCGAGGAAGACACACUGCUGGACGUUAGGAACCGCCCAGUCUGCUGAGCGCAUUUCCGCGGCAGUUGUCUGACUCAAUGGAUCUUAAAGAGAGACAGAGAAAUGUUAAAUUGAAUGUAAAGCUUCAGUCCACAGAGGAGUGUAAAGUAUUGGUGCUGCUUGGUGGUUAUUUAAUGGUUGAGGCUAAAGGUGCUAAUUAGACAGUUUAUUUUUGAUUUCCAGCUACUGUAUCGCCUCAAACUGAGCAAUUACAAUGAAAAUAGACUGUAGAUAGUAUUUUAUUUUAAGUCAUUUUCAUAACAGUUUAACAAAUUAUGCUAGAUGUAUGUUUAUCUUUCAGUGAUGUUUGACCAAAGAAUGUUGAAUAUUGUUAUUAUGUGCCAUAUAAGAACAUUUUUGCACAGUGCAGUUUUCCUACAGGGAAAAAAGUAUUUUUUAUUAAACUUGAAUACA